GCGCACAGUGCACGAUCCCUGUGCGUUUUUGGAGACCAGCAUUUCUAACCUGUGCAGAGGAAGAGAAAGGAGAGCUGUGGACCAGACUGGACUGGUCUAGCGACACAUUUAAACCAUGCUGAAUGAAUUCCCCAGCUUUUAGUCGUUGCUGAAACUGAAGUGGUCAAUGCCAACGAUUCCCCUGAAGGCGAUGGGCUGGUGUGCAGGUGAGCCAACGUGAGAAGAGGCUCUCCGAAGGAACCGCCUCGCACAUGGGAACCGUGUCACCAAACCUUAUCCGCGAUUUAACACUUUGAGGACGGACUCUGGAGCACAGAGACAUGUCUAGAGACAACAUGACAGAUGUACGAGGAGCCCAUUCAGCUAAGGAGAAUGGACAUGUAGCGCCGAGCCCCGCUCAGCCCAGCGCCAACUUUCCCCAUCCCUCAGCGGGGAGCAUACCCGAAGACACCCCGGUGUCCUCGACCAGCGAGCUGACCCAGACCUGGGUCCACGUUGCUAAAACGUUUAUUCUCAUUUUCCCCAUUUACGCACUGGGUUAUUUUGAGUUCAGUUUCAGCUGGCUGUUGAUUGGACUUGUUAUCUUUUUCUGGUGGAGGAGAAACACUGGAGGGAAGCACAGCCGACUGAGCAGAGCUAUUGCAUUCUUUGAGCAAGAGGAGAGAAGUAUCAAGCAGAGUCUCACCACCUCUGAUCUACCACCAUGGGUCCACUUCCCAGACGUAGAGCGAGUGGAGUGGCUGAACAAGACAGUGAAACAGAUGUGGCCAUACAUCUGCCAGUUUGUGGAAAAACUGUUCCACGAGACGAUCGAGCCAGCGGUGAAGGAGUCCAAUGCCCACCUCAGCACCUUCUGCUUCAGCAAGAUCGACAUGGGAGACAAACCCCUAAGGGUCAACGGUGUCAAGGUUUAUACAGAAAAUGUGGAUAAGCGACAGAUCAUCAUGGAUCUACAGAUCAGCUUUGUUGGCAACACGGAGAUUGAUGUGGACAUCAAACGCUACUACUGCAAAGCUGGCAUUAAGAGCAUCCAGAUCCACGGCGUGUUGAGAGUGGUGAUGGAGCCGUUGCUGGGUGAUAUGCCUCUCAUUGGAGCUCUGUCGGUGUUCUUUCUCAAGAAGCCACUUUUGGACAUAAACUGGACUGGACUCACAAAUAUACUUGACAUUCCUGGACUCAAUGGCUUCUCUGACAAUCUGAUUCAGGACAUUAUCUACAGCUAUCUGGUUUUACCCAACCGCAUCACCAUCCCACUGGUCGGGGAUGUGGAACUGGCCAAGCUACGCUUCCCCAUGCCAAAGGGAGUCCUGAGGAUUCACUUCUUGGAGGCUCAGGAUCUGGAGGGGAAGGAUACAUUUCUGGGAGGGCUGAUCAAGGGCAAGUCUGACCCGUACGGUGUCCUGCAGAUCGGCAACCAGCUGUUCCAGAGCAAGGCGGUGAAGGAGAGCCUCCACCCCAAAUGGAACGAAGUUUACGAGGCUUUGGUGUACGAGCACUCGGGUCAACACCUGGAGAUUGAGCUGUUUGAUGAGGAUCCGGACAAAGAUGAUUUCCUGGGAAGCCUGAUGAUCGAUAUGACUGAACUGCACAAAGAACAGAAAGUUGAUGAGUGGUUUAACCUGGAGGAAGCUCCUACUGGGAAACUCCACUUGAAACUGGAGUGGCUGUCUCUGCUCUCCACUCCUGAGAGGUUGGACCAGGUGCUGCGAAGUGUGCGCGCAGACAGGAGUCUGGCCAAUGACGGGCUAUCGUCAGCACUGCUUGUGGUCUUUCUGGACUCAGCAAAGAACCUUCCUAGCGUCUUCACAGGCAGCUUAGGCUGUGGGAACUUGAGUGAGAGGAGAGCAUCGGGUCUAGUCUUUUGUGAGAGCAAUACUUCAGAGUAUAGAACAAUAUUUUCUGCAAAGAAGAGUAGCAGUGAACCCAGUCCUUAUGUCCAGCUGACUGUUGGACACAAAACACUUGAGAGCAAGAUUCGGCACAAGACCAAGGAGCCACUGUGGGAGGAUUGUUUCUCAUUCUUUGUCCACAAUCCCAGGAGGCAGGAGCUCGAGGUGGAGGUAAAAGAUGACAAGAACAAAUGCACCCUGGGUAAUUUGACGGUGCCUUUGAGCAGCCUGUUGGAGGAGGAGGACAUGACGCUGACGCAGUGCUUUCCUCUCAGGAACUCCGGUCCCAGCUCCACUAUCAAACUAAAGAUGGCCCUGAGGAUCCUGUCCCUGGAAAAGCAGGUCUCCUCAGACCAGCCCUCCUCCGUCCAGGUCAGGAAGUCCAGUGUGCCGCAGCCGUCCACAGCCCCCAUCCCGAGACGAUCUGUUUCAGAUUCCCCGCUGCCUCCACCCACGCCUCCUCCACCUAUAGACGCUUCCACCCUCACCCUCCAACACAGGGACGGCGAGCCGUACUCAGCCAGCCCUCUCCGCAGUCUCUCCAACCUCAGCACCUCCAUGUCUAGUUCCCAGAAACACCUGCCUCACAAGGAGUCCACACCCAGCCUGGCCUCGGAUAUCUCGCUGCCCUUCGCCACUUUGGAGCUCCAGCAACGGCUCCGUCAGCUGCAGAACGGCUCGGCCCCCAGCCAGUACCCCCUGGGUGAGGUCCAACUGACUGUCCGACACAGCUCCCAGAGGAACAAACUCAUUGUGGUGGCGCACGCCUGCCGUAACUUGAUAGCCUUCACCAAAGACGGCUCGGAUCCCUUCAUCCGCCUGUACUUGCUGCCUGACAAGAGCCGGACGGGGAGGAGGAAGACCAGCACAAUGAAGAGGACCCUUAACCCUGUUUAUGAUCAAACGUUUGAGUUUAGUGUAUCUAUGGUGGAGCUCCACAGGAGAACUCUGGAUGUAGCAGUGAAGAACGGCGGGAGCAUCCUGUCCAAACACAAAGGGCUUUUAGGAAAGGUGCUGGUAGAUUUAAGUGGAGAGGAUAUAUCAAAAGGAUGGACACAGUGGUAUGAGCUGAGUGAAGAUGGAGUGUCGUCUCAAAGCAUCAGAAGCAUUCAAGACUCCCUCAACUCAUUGUGAAAUCACCUCUCUGCUGUAAUAUAGUGAUCUUGUUAAUAUAAGGGCACAUCAUUUUGUUGUAUCCAUGUACACUUUUCAUAUAGUUUACAGGACUUAUUUCAGCAUGCAACAACUUUUUCAAGCAUUUCCAAUCAUUGUUUCCAUCCACGAUUUCAUGACGGUGAUGGGAGGAUGUUGUAAGAUAUUGUAAUGCGUUGAAACACUAACUGCCUUGUCUCUGUUUAAGUGUUUUAUGUAAAUAGCAAGUCGCUGAUAUAUAAGAAUUUGCAGGGGUAUUCAUGGCAUUAUAUUUCCUCGAGAGGAAUUAUAUUGAAAUCUGUCAAAACUGUUAUUGCUUUCUGUCCCGUUUGUUUGAAUGUGACAAAGUGUGUUCUGUUGUCUGAGAAAACUUUAACCAAAGGAACAGAAACAAUCACAAACGUAGGCUUUAGUAGCAGAGCAGGCUUGACUUUGAACAUUUUUUUGUCAUGCAGUGUUAUUUGAUUGUUUACCUCUUAUUGUUCUUUAUGCUUGAUUACAAACAUGGAAUGCACAUAUGCAAGGAAUAAAAUGAUUGCUCUGCAAAUGUUACGAGGACUCUGUGCAAUACUGGAUGUUAAUGAGGAGCUGGGGGCAUUUUAGGGCUAUGAACAAGUGCUGUAUAAUAUGAAGGAUACUUGAAUUAGGGUUUGAUGGAUGUUCAAACCAAACGCAAGUCGAACAAACUGAAUAAAAUGAGCAGCGACGGCAGUUAUUGCGUUUCCUGAGCGGGGCUGCCACAACUUGUUGUGAAGAUGACACAGCUAUGUCGUAAGGCCUGUACAUGUUUUGCCAUGCAGUCAUAACUGUGUGUUGGAGGUUUUUAAAUAAGUUUGUUGUUAUCUAUCCUGUGCCUUAAAAAACCUGCUAUGUAAUUUUUGCCUUCUUAAUGUUAUUAUUUUGAAUGAUAUGAUGCCUCGUGGGUUUUGAGGAAUAAAUGGUUUCUCUUGU